AUGGAAAGUGAGUUUUUUGUUGUUGUAGCGAUACUACUGAUAUGUUGUUAUCUUUUAUUCAGGGCUAUUGAUAAAGAAGAUCUCCCAAUAGCUAGUCCUGAUAUUGUGAGAGAUGUAAACUAUCUAACUAAAUGCCGUAAGCUAUUUGUAGCAGGGGAUUCUAACUGUCCACAUUUCAAUGCUGCUGUUCAAACAUUGUUCUUAAACCUAAAUAUACCUGAAAAUGAUGCUAUAAUUUUAAAGCUAAACGAAAUGCCAUAUGGCGGUCAUAUUCAUCAAGCAUUGAUUCAAUUAUCAAAUCAACGGUAUAAACCGUACGUGUAUUUAGGGGGCGAGUUUGUUGGUAGAAAUGUGGAACUUCAAAAAUUAAGAGCAUCUGGGGAAUUACAGAGAAUGAUCAGAGAUCUAUAUCUAAUGGAUAAUAGACCAGGCCCAAUUCCUUUAAGCCCAGUAGAUUUACCAAAGCCUCGUAACCCAUAUAUGGCGCACUAA